AUGGUAUGGGACAGGUGUUGGAUCAUUUUCGAAAAAAAUAAUAUUCACCAAUCGAGAGGCCUCAACCAAAAGCCGAACACACCCUCCGGAGGUUGGCGAGGGAGGACGGCUCGAAUGGAGAGCAACAAGGUGGUGGUGUGCGACAACGGCACCGGGUAUGUAAAGUGCGGCUUUGCGGGAGAAAACUUCCCUACAUCUGUCUUUCCUUGUGUCGUUGGAAGGCCAUUGCUUCGCUAUGAGGAGUCACUCCAGGAGCAAGAAUUGACAGAUAUUGUGGUUGGAGCUGCUUGCGCUGAUUUAAGACAUCAGCUUGAUGUAUCAUAUCCUGUCACAAAUGGGAUUGUUCAAAAUUGGGAUGAUAUGGGCCAUAUAUGGGAUCAUGCAUUUUAUAGCGAGCUGAAGGUUGAUCCAUCCGAGUGUAAAAUUUUACUGACAGAUCCGCCACUCAAUCCUGUGAAAAACCGUGAGCAAAUGAUCGAGACAAUGUUUGAGAAAUACAACUUUUCUGGGGUCUUCAUCCAGAUCCAAGCAGUUCUUUCGCUAUAUGCUCAAGGCUUGCUGACUGGACUUGUCAUAGAUUCUGGUGAUGGUGUCACCCAUGUGGUGCCCGUGGUUGAUGGAUAUUCUUAUCCACAUCUAACGAAAAGAAUGAAUGUUGCUGGAAGGCAUAUCACAUCCUAUCUUGUUGAUCUACUCUCAAGAAGAGGGUAUGCUAUGAACAAAUCUGCUGAUUUUGAGACAGUAAGAGAAAUAAAAGAGAAGCUAUGCUAUAUAAGCUAUGACUACAAACGUGAAUACCAGCUAGGACUUGAAACCACAAUUCUUGUUAAAAGUUACACUCUUCCAGAUGGAAGAGUAAUUAAAGUGGGCACUGAACGGUUUCAGGCUCCUGAGGCUCUUUUUACUCCUGAACUCAUAGAUGUUGAAGGUGAUGGGUUGGCAGAUAUGGCAUUCCAUUGCAUUCAGGAAAUGGACAUUGACAACCGCAUGACGCUUUACCAACAUAUCGUCCUUAGUGGAGGAAGUACCAUGUAUCCUGGUCUGCCAAGUCGGCUGGAAAAGGAAAUUCUUGAUCGCUACCUCGACGUGGUUUUGAAGGGAAACAAGGAUGGACUUAAGAAAUUACGUCUGCGUAUAGAGGAUCCUCCACGGAGGAAGCAUAUGGUCUAUCUAGGAGGUGCAGUACUUGCUGGAAUUAUGAAGGAUGCGCCGGAAUUCUGGAUCACAAAGCAAGAGUAUCAGGAAGAAGGUGUUGCCUGCCUGAGGAAGUGUGGACAAGCAUAA